AAAACAUCUGUUCUAAUUUAUCAUUCUACAGUUACUGCUUGAGUUGACAUUUAUUUCUUGUAGUUUAUAAACACAUUUGGCUACUCUGUUAGAACAAAAAUUAAUAAAAACGGAAGUUAUUAAUUAAAGUUAAGUGCUUAUUAAUUAAUUAAUAUAAAAUUGCCAUGUCAUUAAAAAAACAUUUACGUGUGUUAGCCAAACCAUAUUAUUGGGUGAAUAUUCUAUUGGCCAUAUCAUAUCUGUUGGCUAAAAAACUCAUCCCGAUAUGUACGAGAGUGUUCAAACAUCGAGGAGAUGAAAUGUGUGAAUUAGACAGCCGAGAAACAGAAAUACUGUUUUUUUUAUUAAUUGUAAUAAUGAUACGUUCAAGAAAGACUGGCAGCGUAACAAUGAUUAACUAUUUGUCUGCAUCGUUUAUCUAUACUAAGGUGGCCAAUACAAUACUAUGGGCCUACAAUGAUUUUCGCUUUGGUCUUGGAUUCCUAUUAUUAUGCAUACUGGUUGGUAUGUUAUUACCAGAACCAUCUUAUCGCGGUCCUGAACACAUCACAUAUUUUCGUAACCAUGAAAUAUUUGAAGAAGAACUAACACGCGACAAGCGAAUCAACUGGUUGAUUUGUUUUUAUACAGUGUGGAAUCCAAGUUGUGUAAAUUUCGCUCCUGUAUUCGCAGAACUUUCUGCCGAAUAUAGUUUAGAGAAUCUAAGAUUUGGCAAAAUUGAUAUCGGUCGUUUUCCAAUCGUUGCACAGAAAUACCACAUAUCCGACAGCAGCUUCUCCCGACAAUUGCCAACAGUGAUACUGUUCCAGAAUGGCAAAGAAGUUGAACGUCGUCCUACAGUUAGUGCUAAUUCUAAACUACAAAAGUUUUUCUUUUCAACGGAUAAUGUACGCGCCGCUUUUGGUCUUAAUAACCUCUACAAACAGAGCGUCGAGAAUCCCAUAAAGCAAGCAAAACCAAUAAAUGCAGCCGCUGCUGCCGCAAUCAAGAAAGCACAAUAAAGACAAGAUUUAUAGUAAUGAAAACUACAACGCUGAUGUGUUCGUCCUAAGCAUUAAUUUAUGUUUUAGCUUAGUCAAAAGAAGUCUAGAUUCUCUAUUAAUUCAUAAAAUUAUCAUUCAAGUCGUUUAUUAAUUUUAACAUAUUUGCACAAUUGUUUGAACAAAUUAUAACCCAAAUCUGCCAUUAAGGUUUAUGAGAUUACAGUUGGUAUUUCCAACCUAAGAAAAGGACUCACUUAAGAAGUACAUUUAAAUUGUAAAAAGAAAUUACAUAAUUUGAAAAAUUGUAAUAUAUUAUUUUUGUAAAAGUAGUACUUUUUUGUAAAAAAAACUAUUGUAAUUAAACAUAACACUUCUCAUUAAAUGUUCUAAACCUUGUGCGUUUCAAGUUACAAUCUAAAUUAACUAAACCGUGGUUAACCCUUAUAUGUACGUACGUAAUUAACAAUAAUUGUAUAUUUGUCGAUUUUGUUGCGCAAUUAUAGUUUUAUAUAAAAAUUUGGUAUAUUUAAUUAUUGACUUAAAAUAGUUUUAAAAAUAGUCCAAGAUUUACAUAAGAGGGUUAAGACAUGUGAAAAAUCACGUAUGCAUGCCAUAAUAGUUUUAAAACAACGAUAAUUCAUUGAAUGUUUUUGUUUUUUGUUAUUUAUGUAUUUUUAUUAAGGUAUAUUUUAUUUAUAUUUUGUUGAAAUUAAAUAAAACUUGUUGCUAUUUAAA